AUGGCCCAGAGCUGCCCCUCAGCCACUGUGCUGCUGAUGGUACCUCCUAACCCAGGGCACGUUCGGGCUGUCAGUGGUGGCUGGGUACAUUUCAUGGCAGGCCGCCAGGUGGGGCUUCUGCUGCACAUGUGGGCGUGGUCGGCCCGUCUGGGCUUCCAGGUGCUUUUCAGAGCUGACAGGAGAACUCGGGGCAGCCGGUUAGAUGGGAUGGGCGGGAGAGCUCGCAUUUGGUCCUCUGCCACAGCCUCCCAGGGAGCAGGGCUGCGACCCUUCCUAGCUGCUGGGGUGAGCCAGAGUGGAGCACCUGCUCCUGGCCACAUCAGCCCCGUGCUGCUGGGCCUGAGCUCAGGGUUGUACAGGCUGGCUGGACAGACGGGCCGAAUAGUCCGAUGUCUGGAGCUGGCUCAGCCUGGGCUGGGCAUGCUGGGCGUGUCUUUGGCUUGUGCCCAGCAGGCGCCGUCCUCCCAUGGGUGUGAAGUGAGAGUGCAUGCCCGCUGCCCUGUGCAGCUGGCUCCCACGUGGAAGCCGCCUUUGUCACUGACCAUGGGUGCACUAUACCCGUCUAUGGAGCUGCUCCUCGCCACGGCCGUGCCCUCCCCGCACGCCCAGCAGGCCCUGGACGAGCUGCUGCUGCACAAGGAGGACGAGCGGCCCACGGCCGUGCCCUCCCCGCACGCCCAGCAGGCCCUGGACGAGCUGCUGCUGCACAAGGAGGACGAGUGGCGUGCCCUGCAGGCCCAGCGCUCCCGGCUGCAGGAGGCCGCCCUGCAUGACUCGCAGCAGCAGCUGGAGCGGGCAGGGGAGGAGCUGCGGCAGCUGCGGGAGGACUUUGUCUACAACCUGCAGCUGCUAGGGGAGCGGGACCAUGAGCUGGAACGCUACGACGCAGCCGCCACCCGUGCCGGGGCGCAGGAGGAGGCCAGGCAGGCUGAGGUGAGCGAGCUCAGGAUCCAAGUGGCCAAGCUGGAGCAGGCGCUGGCCGUGGCCCACGGGCAGCUGGAGGAGCUGCGCACGCUGCGAAUGUGCACGGCAGGCGACCAUCCGGUGCCUCUCAGUGCCGUGUUUCACCCCUACAGGGACAGGGAUCGCGAGAUCGUUCGCCUCCGGGAGCAGAGUGAACAUCUGGAGCGGAGCUUGGAGAGGAGACUCGAGGAACUGUCCGGCGAGCUCGCCCUGCAGAGACAGGAGCUGCUGCAGGAGUUUGAGCACGAAAUGCAGAAGUGGGAAUCCGAGUCGCGGGCACGCGCCGACAGCAUGAGCGGCCUGGUCCUGUCCCACGAGCUCCAGGUGAAACUCCUGAACAGCGAGCUUGAGGCCAUCAGAGAAGCCGGGGCCCAGGCCGCUGAGGGCCUGCGGAGGGCAGAGGCAGCCAACUCGGCACUGGACAGCGAGCUCCAAGCCCAAACCCGCGCACUGCGGGACCUGGAGGCCGCCAAGGAUGCCAGGAUCAAGGAGGUGGAGGGCAAGCUGCACUCGGCGGCCCUGGCCAGGAAGGUGGAAGAGGAGGCGCUGCAGAGGGCGCUCGCGGAGCUGGAGCACCUGGCCAGAGAGCGGGACGCGGUGCUGGCGGACGCAAGGGCGGCACACGCAGAACAGCUGCAGGAGCUGCAGGCCCGGGAGCGAGGGCUGCAGGCCCGCUGCGAGACCCUGGAGGCGCAACUCUGCAGGGCUGAGCAGAGGCAGGCCGAGGCUGCUAGGGAGAAGGAUGCCGUCAUCGACAGGCUCCGUGAAGAUGCGUCAGCUCUGAAGGCCAGCUGGGAGGCCCAGGUGGCCCGAAUGUCCCAGGAGGCGGUCUCCAGGGACCUGCAGGCCCAGGCGCUGCAGCAGGAAGCGGCAAGGCUCCGGCAGGACGUUGAGAGGUACCGGCAGCAGCUGUCCCUCCGGGACCAGGCACAGCUGGCCCUGGACUGGCAGCGCCGGUGCGACAGCAUCGAGAGGGACCAUGUCCAUAAGGCAGAGGCUUUGAUCCGGGGUCUCACCACAGCCAGAGACCAGGCGGCUGCCAGGCUCCAGGAGGCCGAGCGGACGCUGCAGGAACAGGAGGCGCUGCUGCAGGCCAUGGCUCAGGAGCGGGACGAGGCUGUGCGGGCACUGAGGGUGCACGGGCCCGCUGGACGAGAGGCUCAGGGCCCCGAGAGGCAGCACGAGGAAGCCCGUGAGGCUCUGCCGUCCACUGAGGUCCAGCAGCUGCGGGAGCAGAAUGCGGGCCUGCGUCGCGCCAUCGCCCACAUGCGAAGACAGAUGGAGGCGCUCAGCGACCAGCCUCCUGCCCCUGUCCAGAUGGAGGCGCUCAGCGACCAGCCUCCUGACCCUGUCCAUCUGGGCGUGGAGGCCCCGGACACAGGCCAGCCCGGCACAGAGAUGGGAGACACGGCUGCUCCAGAUUGUGUCCUGUCCCUCGAAGCAGAAAUACGGAACCUGAAGCAUCAAUGUGAAGUCCUGGAGGAUCAGCUGGAGGGGGUGUGGACCCCCUGGGAGCUGGCCUCACUUGGGAGCACGGUGCGGCUCGGCGCGCUCACCUCUGAGACCACCGGUGGGCCUCGCCCUGUUGCGCUCGGGCCUGUCCUAAUGCUCUUGGUUCUCCAGGGAGUCGCAGUUGGAGUGACCAUGCCACAACCUCUGCGUGUCCGGCCUCCCGUCCAGGUCACACGCCCCGUGUCUGUGGCGGAGGACCGGCACCAGCCGCCCGCAGGCCCCGAGCCCCCGCGCUCCAGCCCGGCAGCUGCGUCCUGUUGCUGCGGACCUGGGCCCCCAGUGACCCCUGCGCCCUGCCAGGUGCUGCGGGAGCCCCUGAGGCUAGAUGUUGUCCAGCGUGAGCUGCCCCUCGAGGUGAGCCAGGUGCAUCUGGAGGUGCUGGAGCUGCAGAGGCAGGUGCUGGAGCUGAGGCGGCACCUCGGCCUGACCCAGCUCAAGCUGCAGCGGCGCCCAGCUGGGAAGCAGUCUGCCUCGGACACCCCGACUCUGAGGACGGAGGGCCUCACGGUCGCCGGUGCCGUGGGCAAGGAGACCCAGGGCGUGCCGUGUCCCCACCUCCAGCUGGAGUUGCAGCCCACUCAGGCCCUGUCCAUGAGCCGACUGCAGAGGAAGCUGAAGGAUGCGACCAGGCAGAUCCUGCGUCUCCGCCUGGAGAGGGAGCAGCUCGUGGAGAUGGGGAACAGGCUCCGCGCCACGCUGGGGCCCCCUGCAGGGAGACCACCUCUGCGCCCCCUCCCUCCCGGCCCUGGUGCCCAGGACCCAGGCGAGCCCAAGGCCCCGUUGGAGCAGCGCACACUGUCGGGACCGUGGCCUCCUGUCCCAGUGCAGGGCCCUCGGAGCGCCAGGGAGGGGCGCUGUCCUCACCAGGGGGCCCAGAGCCAGCCCCGCUCGGCACAGGGAACCGGUGGAGACAACGCACAGUGGGGCAGCCAGGCAGGCACGGCCGCGUCCGGGCAGAGGCAGCACAGGCUCAUCACGGCGACUCACAGACAAGCUCCUCAGAAAGAAAACAGGCCCCCGGGCUCCCCUGAGGGGAGCGACCGUCACCCCCAGGGCUCCCCGUCACUGGCCAGUUCAUCCCUCCAGGACACUUGGAGGCUGCUAGACCUGGGGUCCAGCCCUUCCGGCCUUGCCUCCCAGGACAACUCGGCCACAGGGCUGCCUUCUGGGUCAGCCCCCCCCAGGCUCUUCUGUUUCUGCGCCCCACCCUGGGGUCCUGCCGCCUGCGUGAACCCUGGCCUGUGCAGCAGGACCCCGCUUGGCCCCACCCCACUGGCUCCCAGCUAUCCCAGGGCUGUGCCUUUGCCCGGAGCCCUCAACCGCAGCCUGGGGGACGGCGCCCAAGCCUUCGCUGCCCGCAGCACCGGCGUGGACAGGACCCCGGCUUUCUCCCUCCUUGGGGAGGAGGCUGAGGGUUCCCUGAGGUGCGCCCCAAGCUCGGCCUUCGUGCUUUCUCCUAGUGGGAACCCGUGGCUCCCCAGGCUGCCCUUCCUGGGUGGAGGGGCCAGCUACAGCGAGCGCGGAAGCCUGGUGCCUGCGGCUGUGCUGUGUGUCCAGGUGACCGGGGAUGGAGCCCCACGGCCGUCUGUGCACUCAGACGUGCGGGUCUCAGGGCCCACGCAUCACCUGACGUGGAGCCAGCCCCUGCAGGGCCGCAGGGGCAGCCUCCGGGAAGGAACAGCUGAGGGGAAACCAGGGUGGCCUGCACUCUCGGGCUCAGUAGGCAGGAAGCCCGUGCCUGCCAUCGUGUUCGCAGGGACAUUGGGCCACUCCCAGGAGCGCGGUGAGGCCGUCCUGCAGGAAGGCGAGGUGCUGGCUGUGACACAUCUUCGCCAUGAGAAAGGUGAAGCCGUCCAGGGCGGGCGGCCUCGAGGGGCCACCGCAGCCGCUGGCAGCACUGCCCGUGCUUGGUGGCCCUUCUCCCCCCGGGCCAUGUGGGCUCACGAGGCAGCUCCUCAGGUCCAGCGCAGGUUGCAGACACGGAAGGCCGACGUGGUAAGAGCUCAGGCCGCGGGAGACUGGACGCAACAGAAACGGGCCCUGGGCAGCGGGGAGCAGAGACUGCGGCCCUGCAGCGGAGGGAAGCGGUUAGUGCCCGUCACGGAUGUGGCCUGGCGGAGACGAUGGGGCUCGGGCUUCUGCCUGGAACGUGAGAGCAGCUUGCUGCUCCGGCCUCCUGCACCCCUGACCAGCGUGGACAGAACAAGGUCCGCCUCUCCUAGGAACAGUCGUGUCUGCGACGGACUUCCCCGGGAGAGGCGUCAGAGCCAUGUCCGGGAAGGCGCAUCCGAGGGUGGACAGGACCCGCCUCUCUUCAAAGCCUGUGCCCACGGAGAGUGGGCCAUCUCAGCCAGUCACCAGCCCAAAAGGUUGCAGCAGGAAAGGCCCCCAUGCUUACAGAGCCACCGUCCCCCACAGGCCCCUCCACCAGGUGGACUGCUCUCCCCAGCAGGUUCUUCUAGGGCCAGAUGGCAGAAGCCCAGGGGCCAAGGAGAUGGGGUCCUCCCUGCAGCCCCACCCUGUCCCACUCCAGCCCAGCCAAGUGGUCCUCCUGCCCAGUUACACAGCCAGAGCCUGGGGGAGCUUGAGCCAGGAGGGGCCUGGGGGCCCUUGUACCUAGUCAAUGCCAGCAAGGCCUUAGCUGUCACACAGAACUUUCCAGAACCUGUGCUGGGCCACGGCCAGAGCAGACCGAGCUGCCGCAGGAGGAUAGGCCCUGAUCCUGAACUGCCAGUACCCCCCGAGGGCCACGGUCCCCAGGAAGCUGGCAGCCCCGCCAAGCCUCAGGCACCCUUCGCUAUCGAAGGGAUGAAGAUGGCAGCCCAGCCCAAGGCCAAGCCCACCAGGCCCUCCAGGUCUCACCCAGCAAAACCUCGAAGUUGCCAGCAGCCCCCCAAGAUCCGUAACUACAUGAAGGACUGACGGCCUCCCCACUGCUAAGGGGUGCGUGCGUGGGCGGGGCUCCACGCCAGCUCCUGUGCCAAGGCAGCCCUGCUGGCCUGCCCAGAGCCCAGUAAAGCCCCACGGCCUUC